UCGGGAUAGGGAUCGGGAUAGGGAGCGGGAUAGGGACCGGGAGCGGGACCGGGAUAGGGACCGCAGCCAUGCAGCGCCGCAAGGUGGACAACCGCAUCCGCGUGCUGAUCGAGAACGGCGUGGCCGAGCGGCAGCGCAGCCUCCUGGUGCUGGUGGGAGACCGCGGCAGGGACCAGGUGGUGAUCCUGCAUCACAUGCUGUCCAAAGCCACGGUGAAGGCCAGGCCCUCCGUCCUGUGGUGUUACAAAAAGGAGCUGGGCUUCAGCAGCCACAGGAAGAAGAGGAUGAGGCAGCUCCAGAAGAAGAUCAAGAGUGGCACGUUAAACAUCAAGGAUGAUGACCCCUUCGAGCUGUUCAUAGCAGCCACCAACAUCCGCUACUGCUACUACAACGAGACCCACAAGAUUCUCGGCAACACCUUUGGCAUGUGUGUCCUCCAGGAUUUUGAAGCCCUGACUCCAAACCUGCUGGCCAGAACUGUGGAAACAGUGGAAGGUGGUGGGAUGGUGGUGAUUCUCCUGAGAACCAUGAACUCCCUGAAGCAGCUCUACACAAUGACCAUGGAUGUUCACUCUCGGUACAGGACAGAGGCACACCAGGACGUGGUGGGGAGGUUUAAUGAGAGGUUCAUCCUGUCUCUGGCCUCCUGCAAGAACUGCCUGGUGAUCGAUGACCAGCUGAACAUCCUGCCCAUCUCCAGCCACGCUGCAAACAUCACUCCUGUCCCCCCACAGUCCCAGGAAGACAGACUCCGGCCCCAGGACCUGGAGCUGAGGGAGCUGAAGGAGAGUUUGCAGGACACCCAGCCCGUGGGGGUGCUGGUGGAUGGCUGUAAAACCCUGGAUCAGGCAAAAGCAGUGCUGAAGUUCAUCGAAGCCAUUUCGGAGAAGACUCUGCGCAGCACGGUGGCUCUGACAGCAGCCAGGGGACGGGGCAAAUCUGCUGCCUUGGGCCUGGCUAUUGCUGGAGCUGUAGCUUUUGGUUACUCCAACAUCUUCGUCACAUCCCCAAGCCCUGAUAACCUUCAUACGCUCUUUGAGUUCAUAUUCAAAGGCUUUGAUGCCCUGCAGUAUCAGGAACAUCUGGACUAUGAGAUUGUUCAGUCUUUAAAUCCAGAGUUUAACAAGGCAGUGGUCAGAGUGAAUGUGUUCAAGGAGCACAGACAGACCAUCCAGUACAUCCACCCUGCUGACUCGGUGAAGCUGGGGCAGGCUGAGCUGGUUGUGAUUGAUGAAGCUGCUGCCAUUCCCCUGCCCCUGGUGAAGAACCUGCUGGGCCCUUACCUGGUUUUCAUGGCCUCUACAAUCAAUGGGUACGAGGGCACGGGCCGCUCGCUGUCGCUGAAGCUGAUCCAGCAGCUGCGGCAGCAGAGUGCCCAGAGCCAGGGGACCCUGACAGCGGAGAACAAAGCCACGGCCACCGCCAGGCUCACCUCAGCUCGUACCUUACACGAGAUCUCCCUCCACGAGUCCAUCAGAUACGCCCCCGGGGACCCGGUGGAGAAGUGGCUCAAUGACCUGCUGUGUCUGGACUGUCUCAACAUCACCAGGAUCAUCUCUGGCUGCCCACUGCCCGAGACUUGUGACCUAUACUACGUGAAUAGAGACACACUCUUCUGUUACCACAGAGCAUCCGAAGUUUUUCUGCAGAGACUGAUGGCCCUCUAUGUGGCUUCGCACUACAAGAACUCGCCCAAUGACCUCCAGAUGCUCUCUGAUGCACCUGCCCACCAUCUUUUUUGCCUUUUGCCACCCGUUCCACCGACUCAGAAUUCAUUACCAGAAGUACUUGCUGUUGUUCAGGUGUGCAUGGAGGGAGAGAUCUCGCGCCAGUCCAUCAUGAACAGCCUGUCGAGGGGAAAGAAAGCCUCUGGUGACCUCAUCCCCUGGACCAUUUCAGAGCAGUUCCAGGACCCGGAUUUCGGGGGCCUCUCUGGCGGGCGCGUUGUUCGCAUUGCGGUUCACCCGGACUAUCAGGGGAUGGGCUAUGGCAGCAGAGCUCUCACCUUGCUGCAGAUGUACUAUGAAGGCAAAUUCCCGUGUCUGGAAGAAGAGACAAUUCAAAAGCCAAAAGAAAUUGCGACUGUAAGCAGUGAGACUGUUGGUUUGUUAGAAGAGGUGGUGACACCUCGCAAAGAUUUGCCUCCUUUGCUUCUCAAGCUGAGCGAGAGACAAGCUGAGAACCUGGACUAUCUCGGGGUGUCUUACGGCCUAACACCGAGACUGCUGAAGUUUUGGAAACGGGCUGGAUUUGUGCCAGUUUAUUUGAGGCAGACACCAAAUGACCUGACUGGGGAGCAUUCCUGCAUCAUGCUGAAGAUGCUGAAUGAGGAGGACUCUGAUCAGGAGCCUUGGCUCACUGCCUUCUGGAAAGAUUUUAGGAGGCGGUUCCUUUCCCUGCUUUCCUACCAGUUCAGCACAUUCUCUCCCUCGCUGGCACUGAAUAUUCUGCAGAACAAAAAUAUCAAACAGCAGCCACAGCCACCCAUCAGCCGAGCUGAGCUGGAGUCCCUUUUCAUCCCCUACGACCUGAAGAGGUUGGAGAUGUACUCCCGGAACAUGGUGGACUAUCACCUCAUCAUGGACAUGGUUCCUACCAUCGCCAGGCUGUUCUUCCUCAACCAGAUGGGGGACAUCUCCCUCUCUGCUGCACAGUCGGCCCUUUUUCUAGGGAUUGGCCUCCAGCACAAAUCCCUGGAGCAGCUGGAGAAGGAGGUGGAACUGCCCAGCAGUCAGCUGAUGGGCCUCUUCAACAGGAUCAUCCGCAAAGUAGUGCAGCUGUUCAACACAGUCCAGGAAAAAGCUGUGGAGGAGCAAAUGGCAGCAACAAAGGAUGUUGUGAUGGAGCCAACGCUGAAAUCCUUAAAUGAUGAUUUGGAGGAAGCUGCAAAGGAAUUCCAAGAAAAACACAAGCAAGAGGUGAUGAAGCUGAAGGAAAUGGACCUUACACAGUACAUUAUCCGGGGGGAUGAUGAAGAGUGGAACGAGGUGCUGAGCAAAGCGGGACAAAACGCGUCCGUGGUCAGCGUGAAAAGUGAGAAGAAAAGAAAAUUAGAAACAGUGAGAGGACCCAAGCAACUGAAGAAACUUAAGAAGACUAAAGAUCUAAAGCAGAAGAGGAAGAAAUGACUUUAAAGCUAAGCAAUGAACUUGAAUUUGCAAAUGCUGGGGGUGUACUUAAGAAGUACUGUUUUCCCUUAGAUCAACAGGCUUUCUUUUGGAGGAUGAGAGCUGGGGAGAAG